AAAUAGUGGUUUAUCUUGUGCAAGUACACCAGAGGUAGGAUAGACUCAUAUCAGCGUGAUCGCUGGAUGCACCUGUCUUAUCAGCCACCUCAAAGUUGGAAAAGGAUGUUGGUCAUUUCUCGUUCGCAGACAAAAUCGCCGCACGGCGCAAACACGUCUCCGUAAAAUUGACGCUGUGCGAAAACUAAUAAAUAUUUUUUCAAAAACUAAAAAGGAGUGUACUCGUGAGAGUAUAAGCUUUCAAACGAGCCUAAGUUUAGCUCGUUUGGACCAUUUUUCAGCCCAGGGCGGCACCAGUCCGGGAACUUUUUGAUCACACCUCGUAGAACUUCGUCCCAAUAAGUCCUCUUGGCACGUCCCAUUGAUACUGUGUUCAGGUUAAGAAUGAAAUGAAGGAAUACACUGAUCAAGCAUCAAGGUUCUUAGAUUGUGUAAAACAACCUGGAUAUUUUACAAUGUGUUAAAUGAGGAAAUAUGCUGGACUGUUAGCACAAUCUGGUAACAAUGCUAAACAUCAAUUUGCAAAUACCGCAUUGUAUGAUUAGAAACUUGUUGUGAAUGCAGUUAUCUUUGUAGCUUAUCUUUCAAGCGCUUAAAUUUGAUCUUUUAAGCUCACUCUCUAUAAUUCCCUGUAUAGCAUUGCUCUUUAGCAUUAAAUUAUGGCGCUCUACACAGUUUUUUUUUAAAUAUGUAUUUAAAGAUUAUUCUCAAAAGGUCUCAAAAUCUGGAAUUGCAGGCCACUUAAACGCAGACAAGUCAUUGACCAUUAUGACUAUAAUGUGACCAUUAUCUCAUAGCGGUGGCGAGGCAUAAAUGAUCGAUUAUCGAUAUUUCCCCAUUGAAGCUACGGUAAAAUAUCGAUUAUUAAGGUAUUCGCUCCGAACACUGUAUUAAUCGAUCCUUUCCCAUAUGUUUAAAUGGCAGAUCAAUCGAUGUAUCGAAAAGCCAGCCGCGCCACUGUCUCAUAGAUUAGACAAGGACUUAAAUGGAGUCAAUGACUUUAUCAUUCAAACGGUUGGUUUAAAUUACUUUAACAUUGCAUUUGUACAUUAAAUGUGAGAUCAAAUAAAGUCCUCUCACUUCGUCUGGGAAAAUGAAAGUGAUAACGACCUCCGGAUGAACAUGUAUUGCUCCAUAUGUCUGAUUUCCUGGAUGAUAGCUGCGCUUUGUCUAUCACAAAAAGCUCAAUCUCACGAUAAUGAAUGGUACAAGACAACAUCCAUUUACCAAGUGUACACGAGAUCUUUCAUGGAUUCAAAUAAUGAUGGUAAUGGGGACUUGAAAGGUAUACUUGAGAAACUGGAUUAUAUUCAAGAUUUAGGAUUCGAAACAAUUUUUAUCGAGUCCAUUUUGAAAUCACCUUUCAUCGAUGGAGGAUAUGACGUUUCUGAUCAUGAAGACGUAGAUCCAAUUUUUGGCACCACGAAGGAAUUGAAAAAUUUGAUCGAUGAAAUUCAUGACAGAGGAAUGAAAAUUCUACUUGAUUUCGUUCCAAACCACACAAGUGUUGAGCAUGAGUGGUUUAAAAGGUCCGUCAAUAGGGAGGCUCCUUACACGGAUUUUUAUGUUUGGGAAAAUCCGAGAAAGUACGACCCGGAGACCAACCAACCGAUCCCACUUAACAACUGGAUUAGCAAUGAGCAUGGUUCUAUGUGGAAAUGGAACAAUAAAAGGAAUCAAUUCUAUUUGCAUCAGUUCUUGCCCGAGCAACCUGAUCUAAACUACCGAAACCGGGCAGUAAGAGAAGCAAUGAAGGAAGUCUUUAGAUUUUGGUUAAAUUUGGGUGUUGAUGGGUUUCGAGUGGAUGCGAUUGGACAUCUGAUAGAGGAUGCCAUGCUGAGAGACAACCCAUGGAAACCUGGCAUGUUUGGAGUAGAUAGCUAUCAUGCCCAGAUUCACAAGUACAGUAAAAAUCAGGAAGAAACGUACGAAGUAAGUCACGAGUGGCGUUUACUGUUGGAUGAAUAUGGGGCAAGCACCAAUAAAUCCAGGGUAAUGGGAUUUGAAUCUUUCGAUCCUCCGGCAACCAUUCAAAAGCACAUGGGUAAUGAGACGUAUAAAAAUCUACAUUUUCAUUUGGCUCCAUUCAUUCUUGACAGGGAUUUGAAUUCAAGUGGGAUUCUAAAUUGGAUCCAAACGCAACUGAGGGUCUCAUCGCUAUCCGGAGCACCGAGUUGGUCGGUUGGUAAUCACGACUGGGGAAGAGUCGGGGAUAAAGGAGGCCCAGAGAUCUCCUUACCCACUUUCAUGAUAAUUUUCCUACUCCCAGGAGUGGUAACCUCUUACUACGGUGAGGAGAUUUCGAUGACAGAGCUUCCUUUACGCCCAGAUCAAGAAGACAAGGACCCGCACGAUGCGAAUAAGUACAGGACCCCAAUGCAAUGGGACGAUUCUCCUAACUCAGGUUUUACAAAAAAGAGGAUACCCUGGUUGCCUGUGAACCCAAAUUAUUGGUCAAUCAACGUAAAGAGGCAAGCGGGGGAAAAAGAUAGCCAGUUGAACAAUUUUAAACGUCUCAUGGAACUCAGGAAGACACCUACCGUCAGGAAUGGAGAGUUGGCCAUGUGUACGCCUACUCCUUGGCUUUUUGUUUUUCAAAGGUAUCUAGAUGGUGAAGCACCAAUCGUAGUGGUUGUCAAUUUAGGCACAGAGAUGGAAGUUAUCAGUGUGAAUGACUGCUCAUUUAGUCUGCUGAGGGAAAUGGAAAUUCAUACCGCCAGUCCCAACUCUGGUUUCAAAACCGGGGACAAACUCGUAGUAUGUAACGCCAAUGAUGGGACCCAUUGCCCAGAGCUGCGUCCAAGAUCUGGGUUGGUAUUGACAUCUAUCUCAAGCUCUGCAAGUAGUAUUGCUGGCAUUCCUGUGCAUCCUCUUCUUACAGCUGCUCUUUCACUUGCAGUAUCCUCUUUUCUUUGGAAAUAUUAUUAAAUUUUGUAGAAUGGGCCAAGAGACCAAGGGCUGAAUUAGAUGAAAGCAUCACAUGUUAUCUCCUCAAAAUCUCGCAUCAAAAACAGUGCACAAAACGGAAAGUUCGGAAAUUAACUCCUGAACGAACUAUUACCAGUAUUUUAAACAAGAAUCUAAUGAAAGUUAGAUUGUAAAAAUUUAAGGACGUCAUUUGUAUUUUUAUCAUUUAAUUAAUAUUAAUAUAUGUAGAAAACACUUAUAUCUUUUUUAGGAGUUGAUAUCCAGACUUUCCGUCGUGUGAUUUCUCUACCUCGUGAAAUUUUGAAGCGAAAACGUGUAGCGUUGUGCCUAAAUUCAUAACUUAUUGCGAGAGGC